UUUGAUGUGAUUAAAUUUCUUGAAGUCGGGGUUUUGUCACAUUUUUAUAAAACAAAAUGAAAACGAUAAGAUGAUAACAAAUCGCUUUCUGCAAAUAAAUCAUCUAAAGUAAUGGAAAGAUUAAAUUACUCAUUAAACGACGUGCAUUUGUGCGAUGGUUAUUCUAUUGCGGAAUUAGUUCCGGAUCUUGUAUUGGAAAACAUAUUUUCAUACCUAUCUGUGAAAGAUCUUCGAAAUUGUUCCUUGGUUUGUAAGAGCUGGUACAGAAUCCUCAGUGAUGAAAACAACGACGUAUGGAGAAUACAUUGUUUUAAAAGAUUGGCAGAAGAAGUCAUGAAGUCCGACUUGCUUUCCACAUUAACAACUUAUAAGGCAAAACUUAAGGCUUUCUUUCAUGCUUGGAAUCCGCAUGACUGUUCCAGAAACAUUUAUGUCAAACCCAAUGGAUUCACUUUACACAGGAAUCCAGUAGCACAAAGCACAGAUGCUUGCAGAGGCAAAGUGGGUUUCAAUUAUGGCCGACAUGCCUGGGAAGUGAUAUGGGAGGGUCCAUUAGGGACCGUAGCUGUGGUGGGCAUCUCAACCAAAGAAGCACCUUUACAAUGCCAAGGCUAUGUGGGGUUGUUAGGGGCUGAUGAACAGAGUUGGGGAUGGAAUCUUGUGGACAAUCACUUACUGCACAAUGGUGACACGCAAGGACACUAUCCGCUGCUUAACAAUUGUCCAAAAUAUCAAGUUGGUGAGCGCAUACGUGUGAUAUUAGACUGUGAGGAUAACACUUUGUCAUUUGAAAGAAAUUAUGAAUUCCUAGGAGUUGCAUUUAAAGGUCUUCCCAACAAGCGACUGUAUCCAACUGUGUCAGCUGUGUAUGGAAAUACUGAAGUGUCUAUGGUUUACCUCGGUCCACCAUUAGACGGCUGAUGGCGGCCUUCAAUAACUAGAUAAUCAUGAUCAUAACCCAGUUUUGCAGGGGCAAAAACGCACCAGGGGGCCGAUUUUUUAAUUUCUACUGUUCGAUUUCGUGUAUUUCGUUCAAUACUAUUGCAACUACUAGGCAUUUAAAUUCUACUAAUAGAAUAGGGUAUUUGACUGUAUUUAAAAUAAAUUAUUUUGCACCUUGCAUGAAAUAAAGCACCAGAAGAUUAAUAGAGAAACAUAUACAGCAGUUAUUUUUAGACACAAUUUCUAUUUGAAAACCCAUAUAAAACUAUAAAGAGUAGGUAAAUUGAAUGUGACUUCACAUGCAGUGCUAGUGUUUCAUAUAAAUUCCAUAGUAGCAAAAUCGUUUCGACAUAUCGAAAAAAGAAACUGAUUUGACUAGUAGUCAAAACCCUAUUGAAAACGAAAUUCUAAAAUCGCCCCCCUGGUUGGCGCAAGUGUCCCUAAGGUAGACCCGUAUGGUUCGUCACGUCAAUAUAGUGGUGGUUUUUCUUUUGUAUAUAAUGCUUCUACUUAUUUUAAUUUAUAAUCCUAUUACUUUACAUGAGUGUGAAUAUUAUCCAAAAAAUUGUUAGCAUUUAUUUGAGAUACCAUAGUAUUAUGUAAAAAAUUUGUAUAUAUUUGAUGAUAGAUUUAAGUUAUUAUUUAUUUUCUUUUGGUUAAUAAUAAUAAUGUAUGAUGCACAUUAUAUUUUUGUUGCAUUGCCCUAAAGUUGACUUAUUGAGAAUAUUACAUGGUGGUUUUACGAUAAGUACCUAAUGAUUUUGUGCAAUAAAAUGACCAUCCACGUAAAGAA